UGUAAAUCAUUCAGCGCUCCUCUGCAGGAGAGUUUUGUCCAGCUGUGUGUGUGUGUGCGUGUGUGUGUGUGUGUGUAACAGAUAAAUGACUGUCUCUAGUAGACAUGUGUUUUGAGUAUGGAAGUCAUUCAUUCAUAUGAAAUGGUUCCAUUAGUGCUCAGCAUGUGAAUAACGUCAGUACAUCAGUAAAGCUCUUCGCUGUCCAUAAGCCGGGUCUCCUGAAGCCGUCUCUGGAGGAAGUGCUGUGCUGUAUAGAGUAGAUCACCUGUUCUGUUUCUCAGGUGUUUUACUUUUCAAUUCAAUUCCCCUUUAUUUGUAUAGCGCUUAUACAAUGUAGAUUGUGUCAAAGCAGCUUCACAUAAAAGGUCACAGUAAAUAGGAACAGUGUAAUUCAGUUCAGCCCAGUUCAGUGUGGUUUAAUAAUCACUACUGAGUCCAAAUAUUGAAGAGCAAAUCCAACGCUGCGCAGCUCUACAGAUCCACUAUAUUAACAAUAAUCACUCUGCUGACCGCAGAGACUCUGUUUUAAAUAAAACAGUAAAGGUAAAACACCCCUAAUCUGCAUAUUGUCUUGUCCAUCCAAUCAUAUUCAGUUCCUUUACAAUUGACUCUUCGCUAAGCCCCGCCCUUCUUAGUUACUGUUGCUACGCCUGUCCAGCUUUCGUGCCAGCACGUCUUGUUCAAUGUGUCGGCGCUGGUGUCAGACAUGGUCAGGGAUAUAACGUCCUUUUUGGUGAACAGGUGAGAUUAUCUGAGAAAGCCAGACAAAAAGGACUGCAGUAUACAUUACAGAGGUAUAUUCACCACAUAACAGGCCACCGAUUAGUGAAUAAUUCAAUCAAAAUUGAAGCUAGCUUAGCCUAGCCGUUUCACACGCUGACCAUUCAACAGCUCAGUUCAUGCACAGCAGGUGAAAUUUAAAAAUAGCCUAAUAAUAACUAAUUAAACCCUGAUUUCUCUAUUUUAGCCAAAAAGCCUGAUCGACUAUUGUUGUGCAAUGAAAUUUAGCAUUAGCGUUACUAACUGACGAGGAAACACGCAUGGACAGAGCUUUACAUCAGUCAUUCAUAGAAAGAGCAGCCAGAAAGGGGAAACCGGUGGGUUUGUGCCGAAUAUUAGCAUCAUUGACCCGUAACAGUGUACAGUGAGUUACCUGUACCUGUCAGCAUGUUUAGCUGCUCUUUAUAAAUGACUGAUAAACAGCUGCUGGUGAAGGAUAUGGACCGCACGUGCUCAGAUUAUGAUCAUAUCUCUGUUUUGUUCUGUUGAUUUGUAAUUUUAAAUAUUCGUAGCUUGAAGCAGAUGCAGAUAUGAAGUUCAGUAAAGUUAGCAGCAGAUUCCGGAUCAAUAACUCAUGAUGACCUAUUCUCUAUUAGUAUGACUAAUGUUACUAUGGCGAAGGCUUAAACAGAGCAGUGCUCAUAAUAUUGAGGGAAUAAAAGGAGAAAGACCGCUGGGAAACAGAACCUGCUUAGUGUUUUUGAAGGAAACUCACUUUAGAUCUGUUUAGGGUAAGAGGUGUGUGAGAUAUUGGCGUCUAUCACUGAAUGUGUCAGGAGUAUCACAACAAAACCAGCUUAACUCCGCUCCUUCAGCGCCCUCACACAGCUUAAUCCACGCUGGCAUUUCUCCUCUGGAGCUUUUGGGUUUGAAAAGUGAAAAUAUUCCACCAUCCCGUCCAAACUUUAAGAAUACCGGGUGUCAGAUUUGCGCAAUCCAUAUGCUAAGCCACGAUUGGUGGGUGACGGUUUUUGGGUGUGGCUUAGCGAAGGGUGAAUUUUUGGGCAUGAAUGUUGCCUGUUCCUCUACCAACAUGGCUUAUAGCAUCUGAGAUUUCGCUAAAUCAGUAGUUAUGUCUCAUCUCAUUUAUUUAAUGUUGAGCUCUUCAGCCUGUUUACUAAGAUAAUUAGAGAAACUCUGGGUGUGAAUGUUUUAAACAAGUUUCCAUAUUUUGCGAGUUGAGCAGCCAAUCACACGCGUUUCUGCUGAGCUUUUGAACGCGGUAACCAAUCAUCUGCUCAGAUUAGUCAGCGCUGAGAGUCCCGGUUCUCCAUGAGUUUAUUCAUCAAACACACAGAUUCACAGAUUCAGUGCUGUUUAAAACUUAAACGCAGGUUCAGAAGAUAUUCCAUGUUCAGUAUCCUCCUGUCCUCGCGCUCCAUACUUCACUAUAUUGAUAAUAAACGUUAUUCCUGCUGGUGGGCCGCUGGAAGUGAAGCCGUCACAUGUAAAGCAGUUACUCAUUAAAGGCAUUAGUCUGUAUUGGCAGAUGAUUUUCCUCAUCGACUGAUGUACAUUUGUGUUCUCAAGGCAUAUUUCAAUAAAUAAUAAUAAAGGGUUAUUCUGCAUGAAUCCCUUCAGCAAGAGUGAAGCGCACAGAGCCAGAGGAGUGUCAGGCCUGUAGGGGUUCAUCAUCUGUCGGGCCAGACCGAAUCUGCGGAGGUUUUUAGCUAUUUCUGCUGAAUUAUUUCAGGAGUCUCAUAACUAAAACCUUAAUAUGUGAAAUAAAAAGGAAUACAUUUUAAACUUGUAUUUAAUGUUUACAAUGCAAAUCCAAUUCGAUCCACUUUGCAAGUCUCUCAUGUAAUAUCUCUACUGAAAGAUAGAAAAUCAGCCUUUACAAACUGCACUGUACAUAAAUCUGAUCAACAUGUUCAUAUUAGACAAGAAUACUACUGUCAUUAUAUAAAAACUGAAUAAAUAUAGAUUUACACACAUUUACUCAUGUAAAUAAACAGAAUUAAUGGGAUAAAAAUCUGUGGAAAUCAGCGCAUGCAGAGUCGGUGUGGGCCUAAUCAUCAGUAAACACCGCCACUGUCAGAGUAUACAGGGGUUAAACACUGAUUAUUGAUGUUAGGUGGACUAUAGAUCAUAGUAAAAUAAAAGAUGCUUUAUCUUACAUCAUGAGUUAUUGUAACCCAAAUGUGUUCCUUAUGAUUAUUAUGAUACUCAGAGUCAUCACCUCUCAGACAUCUGAAUAAUCUUAAAGAGAUCCAAUUAAUCCUGUGACAUUCACAUGUACACAGCAGUAAAACAAAGUUAAUUCAUUACUGGGCGUGUGUGUGUGUGUGUGUGUGUGUGUGAGUGAGUCCGUGUCUCCAGCAGGUGGCAGCAUUAAUAAACCCUUCAUCCUCUCACUGAUGAAUCUGCUCUGAGCAUCCACACAACACUGACCUGUGUCUGUUCAGUGACUGAGAUGAGGAUGAUGAAGAUUAUAAUGUAGAUGAAGACAAUGAUGAUGGAGAUGAAGACAGUGAUGAAGGUGAUGAUGGAGAUGAAGAUAAUGAUGAAGGUGAUGAUGGAGAUGAAGCCAGUGAUGAAGGUGAUGAUGAAGAUGAAGAUAAUGAUGCAGGUGAUGAUGAAGAUGAAGACAGUGAAGGUGAUGAUGAAGAUGUAGGCAGUGAAGGUGAUGAUGAAGGUGUAGGCAGUGAAGGUGAUGAUGAUGGAGAUGAUGUGGUUCAGAUAUUUACUGCUCGCAUCACUCGGGGCCACAGACUGACGUCACAGUGGAUCUGCAGACAUUAUAUUCAUAAUCAGAGUCACGGGCGCUGCUGAUUGGCUGAGCGGGGUGUGUCUGUGCUCUGAUUGGCUGACGGCAGAUAAUUGAACACCUACACAGAUGAUUCUGCGCUCCCCGUGCGGAUAAAUAAAGCUGAGCCGGAGCCGCACUCAGAGGAACCCGUCUGAGAGAUACAGAACACACCAUUACACACCGACAGGAUGCUGCUGCUGAAGGUCUCCGCUGUGCUCCUCGCUGUGGUCUGCCAGAUGAAGAGCUGCAGCGCCGCUCCGGCCAGAGCGGCAGCAGACUCUCUGACUGACAGGGUUUCGCUGGUGGAUUUCGAGGCCGGCCGACUGUGGAGCGCCAUACUGAAGAGCGUGGAGCAGAUGACGGAGGAUCUGGAGCCCGACAGCAGUCGGGGCAGGUUCCUGUCCAAGCGCUGCUCCAAUCUCAGCACGUGUCUGCUGGGUAAACUCUCGCAGGAGCUGCACAAAUUACAGACCUCCCCGCAGACGGACGUGGGCGCCGGGACGCCCGGGAGGAAGCGCAGCCCGCUGGAGAUCAGUGCGCUCAGCGGCUACGGAGACGCGUUUCCCGGCGUCUGACGGCGCCUGACGGAGCCUCGCAUGCGGACUCCCCCUGCCUGCCUGCCUGCGCUCCUCCUUCUGUCCUCCUCCUGCUUUCCUCCCCUGAUUUCUGUUGUAGAGGACGAUCAGAUCCAGAUUACAUGUCUCCCAUUUUAAUAAAGCAGUGAGUGUGUGAUAGUCACCUGGAGCUGAGAGUCCGCUGAACAUGUACGCUCUGCUUCAUCUUUACUUUAAUAAAGUUAUUUUUGUACCAGGAA